AAACGGAAUAGACUACGGCGGCAAGAUGGAUCAACUAUGGUCUUAGCCAGUCUUUCCGAGAAGACAACAGCAAAGCAAAAAAAACAUAAAAUCCUUCUUUUCUUAUCAAUUUUCAAGUUUGUUUUGAUCAAAUUUUUACAACAAUGCCAAAACGUAUAUUAGCGGAUCUAGCUCAAUGUAAACAUCCCCAAAGUCGGAAAACCUUAGCUUUAGUGCGUAAGAUAAAAAAGAUCAACAAGCGCGAAAAGAAAAAAAUAGGACAUGCCAUGAAAGCGAAUAUUGUUGGAAAAAUGUUAGGAUGGUUUGCUGAACGCUUGGAAGGUAGAACCGAUGCACCUAACCAGGAUGAGUUUAUGGAGUUGAUUAUUCAAUAUUUGUCGCGAUUCGAUGAGGAGCUACAACAAAUACAGUUGGUCCAAUCAAUUAACAAGCAGCGGAAGAAUCAGUAUGCAUCUCGUGAGGCGACUAUAAGAAUUACACUGGAAAAGGAAAUUUCUGAUUUUAAUGGAGGUGGUUUAGAAUUACCGAAUCUGUGUGACGAGAAUGAGUUCAAGCGAUUUCAAAGAUGGAACGGAAAUUCUCAAUCUAUACAACAUCUGCCAUUACACUUUAUUUCACGCAAAAGCUUACAAUCAGAUGCUUUAGUCAGUAAUCCUAUUUAAAUUUCGUCGUAUUGCAAAAAUAACAGGCUUUAUCAGUUUCCUAACUUAGCCGGCGAAAAUCCGUAACAGUUGAACAAUAUAUAAAAAGUUUCCUGAUGAAA